UUUUUUUAAUUAAUUUUUUUAUUUUUUUUUUAAAUUCUUUAUAUUAUUUUUAACUUAUUUUAAUGUCAAUGACAUUUUAAUAUCUACAUUUGAAAUGAUAAUUUUGCUGAUACUUAACCAGCAAUGUCACUAAGAUAAUGCUCGUUGUUUUGUACACAUUCGCAGCUGAUUCAACCGUCGCAUCAUAAAAACGUUCUAAGUAUUAUCUUUUAGUACGCACAUACCUUCUUGCGACAUUUCUUCUUGCUAUGUGUGAAUGUGAAUAGCUUCGAUCGUUCUGAAAAACCUAUAUAAUGUCUAACGUAAAACCUGUGGUAAAGGCUAAGUGGAGAAUUGACGUAACGAUUGCUUCUUGCCUGUGUGCUUCUUCGAGCCAUCAAACUUUCAUCGAUUUUUGUAUCUUAAAUAUUUAGUGAAAUUUACCAACAUGUGCAUAUAAUACAAAUUGACUCUUGCUAUAAAAAUUGUGUCAUCAAUAGAAAUUCUUCAAAGAAAUAUUUCUAUUUUCUUUUUUAUGUCAAUCGCAAUUUGAUUACGGGUUUCUCGAAUCGGUCAAACGCCUUUCGAAUUUAAUAGACUGAAAAUUAUUUGAUAUAUGAACGUGUUUACAAAGUAUAUCACAAGUAUAUUAAAAUGUAGUUCGUUUUGAAAGCAUCCAUGAUGCAUCUGUUCAGGACGCUUUACAUAGAAAAUUAAAUAUGCGCGACGAGUUACGAAGGACGAUGACCCGAAUUAACUAAACUCGAAGCUGCUGUAUGCUGCUUGUUCCUCUCCCGGUGUUUAUUUAAGUUGCAGUGGUGUAGCCUCGUGCAAUUUCUGUCUAACCAGAACGAAGCAACAGUGACCGAACGAAACUACUAGACUUAUGUCGGUUCGCGCAACGAAAGUUCUUCACUCGUUUUUUCGUAACUAUAUUAUAUAUUGACCACAUUAAUAUAUUAUAUGUGUAUAUAUAUAUAUUGCACGUAUAUCUAUUUUACUUUUCUACGAGAAAAUGCAUAAAUUUCGAUCGAAUAACACAAAAUACAUUUAUUUUAAAUGCUACUGUUUUCAUGAACGCGUCCGUGGACCUGUUGGACGACGCUUUUGUGUACGUUUACAGCUGAUUGGGCUGUCAGCUGAGCUGCGCGCGAUAGAACCGUCUCGCAGGCUGGCCAACGCAUGUUCCAGAAUACUCUGAGGGGGUCUUGUUUUUUUUAAUAAUUUCUUUUUCUCUGUUAUUUUUCUAUAGAGAUUCUGCUAGUGUGAUUAUACCAGUCAGGGCAAUGGCUUUUAUAAUCAUUAAACUGUGUUGCUCAUGGUUAAAAUAAGAGUUACUCUCAUGCGUCAGAAAUAAUACAGCAGGAAGCGUGUCCACCAGUUGUGUCACACAGACUGCUAAUUCUGCGCGCUACCAUAAACCUGAAAAGUGAAGUAGUACCGUUAUUGCAAGGCCACGACGAAUCAUUGUUUCGAUUGACUCAAGCUGGAAAAAAAAGAGAGCAAGUGGAACGGAAAGAAAGAGAGAGAGAGGGAACGUAAAACGAAGAAAAGGACGCGACGAAGAAGGAUUGAAGAAGAAAAAAAAGGAUUAAAACCACAGAAGUCUGGUGUCUAAAUUCAAAUAAGAGGUGUCCCCGAACCGGCGCUGUCUGAACCAGCUCAACAGCUGAUCGGAGUACGAAGCGGCGGUGAACGGGGCCACUAUUGCACCACCACCCCGCGAUUUGAAGAAAUUCGUUAUAUUAAUCGGCCGCUGGUUGUUAACGGCCAGACGUUUCCACGAACGAGAGGAGAAGACGACGAGCAGGAAAAAAAAGUGGCGUUUUGACACUUGAUAAAACGAGGGAAGAAAAUCAACGACGACGACGACGACGACGACGACGAAGAAGAAGAAAACAAGGGCGAAGUUUCCUUUGCUUGCUUGGACACGCCAUCAUGGUCAAAACUUUUCAAGCAUACCUGCCCUCGUGUCACCGCACUUACUCGUGCAUUCACUGCCGUGCUCACCUCGCCAACCACGACGAACUCAUCUCUAAGUCCUUCCAGGGCAGUCAAGGUCGUGCCUAUCUCUUUAAUUCCGUGGUGAACGUGGGCUGUGGUCCUGCGGAAGAGCGAGUUCUCUUAACUGGCCUUCAUGCUGUGGCUGAUAUUUAUUGCGAGUGUUGCAAGACCACCCUUGGGUGGAAAUACGAGCAUGCGUUCGAGUCGAGUCAAAAAUAUAAAGAAGGAAAGUUUAUAAUCGAGCUUGCUCAUAUGAUCAAGGAGAAUGGAUGGGAAUAGAUUGAGUUGGGGGUAAUCUAUAGCAAAAGAAAGAGAAUACCUCUAUAAAAAUAUACGAGGCCCAUCAAAACUUUUCCUGAUAUAAGAAUAAUGCCUACAAUGUUGUUCUAAUUGCAAUGUGCGGCCCCCUCCCCUCUGUCAAACCACCAACGAAAGUCUGUGAUUUCAUUUGUGAUUUGUAAUCUUAGUAACUUUUUAUGUUUCGGACAAUUCGACGCUGUUUUUCGUUUUUUCCGAUCGAUUCAUCAUACAAGCGAUGACACUGGUGAUCCGCGGCGUCGCGGAUCGAUCACACAAGGAAGUAUUGUAAAGAAAAAGAAAGAAAAAAAAAUUAUUUUUCAACAAACUAAAAAAAGAAAAAGAAAAAAGACGGGAAACAAGAAAGAAAGAAAGAAAAUAACAUAUAGAAUAUAAGGGAUAAAAAAAAAAAAAAGAAAAAAAAAUGAUAAUGAUGAUAAUAAGCGAUGGUGAAUACGAUGACGAAGGUGCCAUGGUGGAAGUAAAAGUAGAGAAUCGCUCUGUUCGAACAAUGGGGUGCCCCCCUAAUUUUAAUUCAUUAUCUUUCUAGACAUUUUAUCGUGAAUGUCGCAAUGAUAAAUAUUAAAAAUUAACGCGUGGGGCACCCCGAUGAAAAAAUCAAGUUUUUUAAUCCGUUAUUGCACCGGAGCAGCGCAAGUGCCACGGACUUUGCUGGACUGACUGCCUGCCCGCCGCGUCUAUCAUUGGAAUUUCACUGCCGAUAUUCCUAAUAUUAAUUAAGAUGACUGUGCCGCAUAGUAGGCGACGCAGCUGGUAGUUUUUAGAAUAGCUUACAAGUAUAGCAUACUAAAGCCUAUGUUAAAAUAUUAUAGGACCUCAUGGAUAUAGAAAAUAAGGAUGGUGUGAAACGGAAAUUGAGAGAAUGAAAGACGGAGUGAAUGUCUUACAUGUAUGCUGUGUGCAAGAGAAAAAAAUGAAGAAAGAAAAAGGUUUGGUUAAUUGUAUCGUGUGUACAUGUUUGAUUUUAUGUUCACCAUGCCUGCCAAACUGUCUGUUUAUCUGCCAGUCGCCAUUACUGUUAGUGGAAAAAAAAAAAGAAGUAACGUAUUCUAACAUGUUCACGUUUUUGUCGGCUCUGCAAGGUGUGGUAUGACUGAAUCUUUUUGUCGUGAAUAAAAAUAUUAUUGGACUGCGCCUUCUUAUGCACGCACUAUAGAAUAUAUAAUAUUGAAGAAAGAAAAAUGAAAAAAAAGAGUUUAAAAACGAAACAAAUUAAUUGCUCAUUAUUUUUAAUAUCGAUCUCAUUUGUAAAUAUUAAAUAGAGUUCAGUGACAUCGCAGAUCACUAUUUUACUCGAAGCCCAAAUGUAUGAUUGAUUUUCGUCGGUCAUUAAAUGAAAAAAAUUUUAUUACAAUACUGAUUUAUCAUUUUCACGCUAAACCAUUAUAUAAUGACGUAGCGAUAUUUUAAUAUAAUUAAUUUUUUUUUUAUUAGGACAUCAUAUUUUUGAGACUGUUUGUGUAAAUGAAAUGGUGUAAACUAAUUUUUAGGCGGCUUUUAAUGUUACCUUCGUUAUUUUUCUUUUAAAUUUUGAAAUGAUUAAAAUUGAAGUUACUUAUUUUAAGCAUGGAGAUCACAACAUUUGUGACGUAUCAAUAAUCGAAUUUUAAAAUUAAAAUAAAAAGUACUCAUUAUUUUUUUGUUUUACAUCAAAACGAAGGUAGCAAAAUGUGCAGGCGUGAAAAACAUUUAAUUUCUAUUUUUUAAUAAUAAUAAAUAUAUCAAGCAAAAUAUAAUUGUGAAAUAAAUGUACAAAAAAUUGGUCAUUUCUUAUUAUACUAGAUUUAUUGAAAAAGUGCAAAUUGAGUAAUGGAUAUAAAAAUUUGGUGGGGUAAUUAUUAGAAUAACUAAGGAAAGUCAUAUUUAUCAUUUAAAAUGCAUACAUAUGAAAGUGCAGUGUGAAUAUUUAGAAACGUAAUGAAUGAAUGUGCCGGCCUAAUUCUUCAUGCUGUCUUAAAGAGUACUUUUUAUAUUACUGUGCCGAUGCCCUUUUACCCGCACUCACUUUUCCAGAAAUCUUGUUGAAUUGUCCCCACCAACACUAAUUCCGUAGUUUUCAGCCUCCACAACAUCCACCAUUUCCACCAUUACACAAUUUUGCUUUGUAAAACAUGUUCAUAAUAAAAAAGAAAUACAAGGUAUUUAAUCGAAA